AUGGAAAAGUUGACUUCCUUAGCCUUAGUUCACAUGCCUGUUUUGACAUCUGUUACCAAUUUGGAGUGGAGAGUCCUACCUAUCUUGGGUAAUAUCAAUUUUGGAAACAUCGACGGACUCCAAAGCAUCAUUAUAUCAGAUACCUCCCUUACAGGUGUUUCUGGUUUCUCUUCCGCAAAAUUGAAAGUUGUUGAUGUCAAUAACAACCGGUUCAUGGAAUCCCUUAGGUCUGAUGUCGGCCACGUCUCUGAGAAGCUCCAUAUUGCUGCUAAUGCUAACAAUAUGGUGGUAGAACUCAAGAGCUUGGUCUCGGCGCACAAUAUCAGCGUUCAUAAUUUAGCCAGUUUAGAUAUAUCCAGGUUGGAGGAGGUCAAAGGGUCUAUCAACUUGAUUGCCAAUCUCUUCUCUGAAGUGAAAAUGCCCAAGUUGACUACUGUGGGAGGAACCUUCAGUAUCUCCAAAAAUGAGAAGUUGGAAACCAUUAACCUUACAAGUCUUAAGGAAGUUGGUGGAGGUUUACAAAUCAACGGCAAUUUGUACAUUUCCAAAAUUGAUUUCCUUCCCAAACUAUCCAUUGUUGGGGGUGCUUUGGAACUCGUUGGAAACAUCAAAGAGGUGACCAUGAAGAGCUUGAAAUUGGUCAAGGGCAGUGCCCGUGUCAUAACUUCAGACCAAAACUUUAACUGUGCAACUUGGAAGCAAAAAGAUGCUAGCACGGUGGUUAGAGGAGGAAAGGUUGAGUGUAUGAUUUUGCUGGCGAAGUCUGCAGAGAAUGUUUCAGUGCCUUCAGUGAAGGCACUCUCCGGAGCCUCGAAUUUUGGUGUUGGUAUCCUCCAGUUGAUGGUUGCGGGGGCUCUUGGGUCUAUUGGCUGGUUUCACUGA